AUGAUCGCCAUGCUUAGCAGAGAUUUCGGGGAACAGGACCGGUACGAAAAGACGGCCAACGCGAUAGCUACAACGUGGCUUAUAUCUUUCGAACAGAUUGCGCGUGACGCACCAUUGGCAGCAUCCUACCUUCGGAACAUCGCGUAUUUUGCGGAAAAGGAUAUUCCGAUAUCGCUGCUGCCUGAUGGGCGAGAAGAUUGGGACAAAAUCGAAGCUGGCGAUCAAGGUGAGCAAGUGACAAAGGUAGUGUGCCAGCUUUCGGAGAGGUUUCCGUGGCCAACGCAUGAAAACCGAGACGUAUGGGCUUCUUAUCUACCGCAUGCGCAAACGGUGUUGGAAUUCCGGGGUCAUUGUAUAGAGAAGGAAACAUUGGGGCUGCUCCAAAAUAAUGUUGCAGAGGUAUAUACAUUGCUUGGGCAGUACGAGGAGGCAGAGCAGAUCUAUCACCGGAUACAAGAGUUUAAUUUCAGUGGGUAA